UGCUGUGAAAUGCGUGAGGACAAGUGGAUGCAAGUCCGUGUUCUAUGACAAGACUUCAGGAACAUGUCGUCUACACUCCAAGUACUUCACACAAUCCGAUGGCGGACUAGUAACUAAUGCUGGAUUUAUGUACUUUGAACUCGUGUGUCCUGGUAUUGAUCCCGUCCCUUCCGUCGCAAGGGGAACCGUCCAACUGUUUAUUGAGGGGUCUUUGGCAGCCCUGAGGGUGGUCUGUCAGCACCGUUAUGGGUUCACCGGACCAGACACUGCAACAUGCUUUGAAGACGUCGACUGGACCGCAAGGGGAAGCUGUGUUGAAAAUCAUUGGUUCAAUCUGACUACAAAUAUCCUACAAUAUUUCCCUGUCCCACCGCGUGUGGGAACAAAGAUUACCCUUGUGGGGCGUGCCGGGCCUACCAAGUUUUCAGUUAUUGUAAAACAAGCUCAAAAUGUGACGAUGUCUCUGACUGCGAAUAAUGCUCCAGGAGAGAUCAAAAGGGCAAAGAAAUAUCUUGGCUUAUGGGGACAUUUCGAAACGGACACCACAGAUGCACUGUACCCAACUGGAAAUGUGUUCACCCUCACGUUAGAGUUUGCAAGCGAAGGCGAACUGAAGGGAACCAUAAUUGGAAAUUCGUUUUACAACUUCACAUAUCCAGUCCUCGUCAGCCCCGAUUCGCUUAAACUGGUUCAAGUAACGGACGACGUUAGCGUCAACGAGCUUCAUAUCCAAUGGCCUUGAAGCGAUGUUGGAUGUCUGAUUUGCAAGAGCUGGCUGUCUGCAGAUGUCUUGGAUGUUAGCAGUUUCUAAAACGUGAAUAUAAAUGUAUCAUGAAAAGGUAAACCCUUGAAGAGGGUCUUUCAUAUGGUUUUGUGGUUGUUUUUGAGUGUUGAUAUUUUGUCAAAGUUAACCGGGUGUUGCUAAAUAUGAAUCACUGAGAGUGUUCACUCUGAGCUUUCGUUGUAUAAGGAAUUGAGGGCUGGCUCUUGAAUCCUUCUUUUGAACUAAUUCCUGACUCUGGAGUGACCCUGAACGAGUGUGGUUAAAUGCAGCAUAUAUAUUCUUUAUAAUUUAACUGAUAUACCUGGUAAUUGUUUGAACAGACAAGUCUCCAUGGGGCAAGGGUCUGUAACCGCCCUGAAUGGGAUGGAGGGAGUCAUACGCUGCCUGUACAUUCAUACCACGGCUGCUUAUGAUCUGUGUUGUUUCUUAUACUCCAAUUUUGUGUUUGACUAGGUAUUUUAUUAUUAUUAUUAUUCAGUAUGUGACACGUUUGAUAAAUUUUUAAGCUUUUCCUGCCCAAGAAGGCCAAGAACAAAUGUUAUUUGC